AUGUCUAAUGCAUUAUCUGCGCUGAGAUGUCACCUUACUUUUAAAAACCGUAAGUUAUCUCGGGAAUGUGACUGGAAAGAUGGAAGAUUGCAACCUGGAGACCAACUGGUGUCCAUUAACAAGGAGUCCCUGAUUGCAGUUACAGAGGAGGAGGCCAAGAGCAUUCUGACCAGACUGAAGCUAAGAUCUGAGGGAACGGUGGAGAUUGCUUUUGUGCGCAAGAGCCCUCAGCCCAGCUCUGCCUGUAACAUGCCGAAUCCCAGGGCCCAGGUGAUACACUCAUCCCCCACCAGCACUGGAAAUGCAGAGCCCAGCUUACAGUCAGCCCCAGCAAGUCUCCACCCAGUGAUGCAGUCGGGAUUACAGCCCGAAACCGACAACACUGCUGCAGCCAAAACCCAUCAGGGCAAGUCAGGAAGUAAGAAGAACAGUCAGUCGUCUGAGCUGUCACCAGUCAACAGUUCACCGCAUCCAGCCUGUGCAG